AUGCCACCUUUCCGCGCGUUGGUCCUCCUCGUGAGUGCAGUGCUACUGCUCAACCGUGCUUGCUGUUCAAUCCCAACCAAACCAGCGGUCGCAACGUCUGAUGAUCAAGCUAAGAAAUACACGACCGCGGACAGCAUAUCAGGUGCCCAUGCGUCCUAUCAAGUUCUAGAGGCACGGGCCGAAGCCUCGGGCGGUUUCUUCCAAAAAUUGGUUAACUGGUUUAAAGGGAUCAUGGCCAAAUUUCCUCAGCUCUUCGGACUGUCUCGCCAACCUGUCAUGGCGGAAAUUCGCGAGCCCCCUGUCGUCUCAGGCACGCGCCCAGUCCGGAGACCUGAACCGGACGUUCGAACUGAAAGCAUCGUCAAGGUUAACUAUGUGGGGAAGCUUGGCCAGCCUUCUGUCGAAUCAGGCACGCUUCAUGUCCGGAAUGCUGAUGCUGAGGCUCACCCUGUCACCAACGACAACGGCCUAACCAGUGUGAAUGCUGUCGUCGACGCGUAUUUUGACGCUUAUCUAAAUUCGGGCCCGACAAUGCACAAGGUGACCAACUGGGAUGACAUCAAGAAGCAAAUCGAUAUUGAGUCUUUCAUUGCAGCCGCCAAACUUCCACCGCUAACAGAGCACCCAGCUGCUGAAGUCCAUACUGCUGCAUUUAGAUUUGCUAAGGCAAACAUCCUCCCUGAUGAAGGUACCGAUGUCUUUCAGCGUUUCAAAAGGGAGGCGGACGGUGACCGUGACCUUGCCCAGUACCUGUCACUUCGGUCGUCCGGCUGGACAAUGCCCCUCGUUCCUAUAAUCUGUGCCAGCCUACAUACUAAUGCUUUUAGAGAAGAGGGUAUGAAGAUGAUGAUCUACAUGAUGCAAGACAUGGCCGCGAGGAGUUGGAAUCCAAAAUUCGCCAGAGAGGUGUUCAAGGAAUCGUUCGUCAACGAGGAAAAAGAUUUAGUCGAUGCUUUCUAUUCUCUGUACGAUAGGUAUUAUGAACUUAGAAAUAAGCUUGUUCCUCAGUCGUAG